CUCUGCCGCCAUGACCGCUCUCCGGCGAACUCCCUCCUCCUCCGGCAGCAUCCCCUUCCUAUGGGAGCAUCUGCCCGGCAUCUCGAAAGUCAUCCAUGACCAAACCAACGCGGGCUCAUCUUCACCCCGGUCGACACCGCCGCUGCCUCCUCCUCCAUGCUCGACAGCAUCCGACUCAUCGAGUCCACUCGCUCGCCGCAUCAUUUACGUGCCGCUCCCGCCGUGCCCGUUCAUGCCGACGCACGAGCUAUUGCCGGCACAAAAAGGGAUGAAGAAGAGGGAUGAUCCUUUUCUUGCCGCUUUCAUGGAGUGCACGAAGUGUAAUUACAAGAAAGAAGAUGGGAAGAAGAGGAAGAGUGUGAAGGAGAAGGUGAUGGGGAUGAGAGUUUUUUCAUGUAAAUAUGAUGUUGGCGUGAGAAAGGAUGUGAUGAUUAGGGUUCAUGGUGGGAGGAAGUUCAUGGAAGUUAGAGAAGAGUAGGGUUGGAAGG